AUGCCACAGAUGCAGUCUCAACUGGAGGCGAACGUACAACAUUACAGGACGUACGUAGAACAGAAGAAGGCUGCAAACGAAAAACCGGCCUUUACGGUGGAAAACAUGCUGAGAGAACUAGCUGAGGCCCUGGACGAUCUGCAGUUUGUCCAAAGGGAGUAUUUGAGCUGCCAAGCACGCCUUAAGAUGGUCGCAAUCGGAGCAGCAUAUUAUGCCAACUUGGACAGAUUGGAGAAUUGGCUCCUUUUUAGCUUUGGUCUAUUUUCUUUCGCGCUGGAGCUGGGUGGCUUAACACUACGCACACCCGACGGUGUUGGAUUAACUGUUCCCUUCUAUCAUCACGCGGGCCUUUUGAUGGGAGCCACCGCCAUUUCCGUCAGUCUCUUCACUGUGGACAAAUACGAAACGGCUUUCAAUAACUUCAUACAACUGCACUACAGCCGCUGUAUGAGCUGUUUUUUUAUGGCAAAUGUCUGCCUGUGUUUUCUAUACUUUCGUAUGGUCAUGAUGGGACUAAUUGUUUACGAUGAUCUGGCGUCUGCGGAGAACAAAUUUAUCGAGUCGGACGCUGGGCAGCCCGAUGAUCAGAUACUUGCAAACAUGGACGACGGCAUGUUUGGUGCGGCGAUCGGAGGACCAGGUCAGGAACCAGGCGAAAAAGGGAAGAAAGGUAAAUUGUUCAAUUCUUAUUAA